AUGCCUACUGAGACUCUGUCUCAGCUAUUCCGUGCACGUCAAAGACGCAAGUUAUCGAAGGGCGUAAACAGACAGGCUAUCACAUUGCUUAAGAAGUUGAGGGUGGCGAAGAAGAAUUGCCCUUAUGGUGAAAAGCCAACCCCGGUAAAGACCCAUUUGAGAAAUAUGAUCGUUGUUCCUGAAAUGAUAGGGUCUAUCGUGGCUGUCUACAAUGGCAAAAGCUUUAUCAAUGUGGAAAUUAAGCCUGAAAUGAUUGGAUACUAUCUGGGAGAGUUUUCCAUCACCUACAAGCCAGUUAAGCACGGCAAGCCUGGGAUUGGAGCUACUCACUCUUCCAGAUUUAUCCCGCUCAAGUAA